UAUAAAGCAUAUUAAAAUACUUAUGGCAAACUUUUGAAUAACCGAAACAAAAGCAACUACAAAAAUUGCAAAGUAAAACGAACUUGCGCAGCAAAAAAAGUUUGCCACUAAAAAGCAAUAGCAGUCAAGUGCAACAACAACAAAUACCACACAACAACAACAACAAAAAGAGGAAGACGUAAAACUAUAACAACAACAACAACAGCAGCAACAACAACAGCAACAAGGGAGCCGCAACAAGAACAACAUGGGAAAAAAGAGCUCCAAGUUGAAACAGGAUACCAUUGAUCGCUUAACAACGGACACAUACUUCACAGAGAAAGAAAUACGUCAAUGGCACAAAGGAUUCCUGAAAGACUGUCCCAACGGCCUGCUCACGGAGCAAGGCUUCAUCAAAAUCUACAAACAAUUCUUUCCACAAGGCGAUCCCAGUAAAUUCGCAUCGCUCGUCUUUCGCGUCUUCGAUGAGAACAAUGAUGGCUCCAUUGAGUUUGAGGAGUUCAUACGCGCCUUAUCCGUCACAUCGAAGGGCAACCUGGACGAAAAACUGCAGUGGGCCUUCCGUCUUUACGAUGUGGACAACGAUGGUUACAUAACGCGGGAGGAGAUGUACAACAUAGUGGAUGCGAUCUACCAGAUGGUGGGACAGCAACCGCAAUCGGAGGACGAGAACACGCCGCAGAAACGAGUGGACAAGAUCUUCGAUCAGAUGGACAAAAACCACGAUGGCAAAUUAACAUUAGAAGAAUUUCGUGAGGGUAGUAAAGCUGAUCCACGUAUAGUUCAGGCGUUAAGUUUAGGUGGUGGUUAAAUCGAUUAACAAUGGCCGAUCACCGGUCACCGAUCACCGAUAACAGACCCAAUUCCAAUUCCACAAAAACUAAGCGCGCAAUAAACUGAAAUAAAAAGAUAUUGAAACUGCAAGUUGAUCGUAACCCGCUAAAAAGAAAAAAAAACCAAAAAUUUAAUUAACAAUAUGGAAGUUUGUGGGUGGGGGCGGGUUGGUACGGUGCCACGCCCCCUACCGCUUCGUUUGCAUUCGCUUCACCACUCUUCACUUUCUCUUCUCUCCACGCUUUUCUCAAUUCUCAAUUCCCGAUUCUCGAUUCUCGUUUCUUGAUUCUUGAUUCUCGAUUCUCCGCGCGUCGCUUGCGACACUGAAGAUGAUAAUAAUUUUUUGAUAUAUGGAUAAAGAAUAACUAACGAGGUGGAUAUCCAAAACAAACGAACCGAAAAUGGAAAACGAAAUGAAAUUAAUUUUUAAAUAUACACCAGAAUAUAAAUAUAUAGGAAAUCAUGGCGUAGUCAGAGCGCAGUUCAUAGCAAUAAUGGAAAAACAAAAUGAUGAAAAAACGAAGAAAAAAAAGAAAAAAACGCAAAAAAGUCGAAAGAUAAAUAAACUAAUACUAAUUUUAAAUGAAAUCGAAUGGCGCAGAGGCGCAAAUGAAUUUUUGAAGCAUACACCAAUUACGAGUAAACUAAUUAAACCUACGAUUAAAUCAGCAUAACUAUACUAAACAAUUAAACGAUACAAUUAGAGCCGAACUAAGCCUACGCAUCAAUUGUGCAGCCUUCGAAGCAAAGCAAAGCGAGUUGAGUUGAGUUAUAUAAACUCGAUCCGAGUCAGCUAAUUCCACUCACGACAGCCAACAGCAGCCACUAUAUCCACACUUAAUAUAUAUAUAUAUAUACAUAUAGAUACAGUAUCAAUCCGAUAAGUGGCCGCAGGCAGGACAAACAGAGUUCACAGUUCAGAGUUCACAGUUUAGAGGGCGUCGAACAGCAGAGGGGAGCUAGCUUGAAAAGAUCAUAAAAAAAACGAAAAAAAAACACUUUAACGAUUACGAGAGAUACUUACACAUAUUACCCAUUUCCAAGUGCAUUCACCUUUGCAACUUGGGCACUUUGGCCGUAUUUGCAUUAAUGAAGAUGAGCAAUAAUGGGAUACAACUACUUCAUGUAUUCGAUUUUAUCACUUAAUUGCGGCAACACCAAUGUUUUUGCAAGUGUAAAAGUAAUGCUUAGCUAGAAGGUUUCCCCAUUAUCAGCCUGCUUAAGAUUCUUAAGAUUUCGGUACCCAAACAUCCGAUAUUCAUUUGCUUUUAUUAACCGGGGUUUGUUUGGGAAAUGACAGAUGAUUUAUGGGCAAAUGCCAUAACCAGCAGAGAAUGUGUUUAUUUUCAGGCUCUACUACCUAAGCCAGCUGCCCUACAGUCAUGAAACGCACCUUGAUCAGCUUCUGUUCAGCUCAGAGAUUGAAUCUGCAGAUGAGUUUCGCCAGCAGACAAAAAGUGUUGCAUACCCAACAGGCGCAGCAAGGUGUUUGCUUUCGUUUGCUCGCUCCCUCUCUCUCUCUCGCUCUCUGUCUCUCUUUCAACUAUCUAUCUCUAUUUCUUUCCCUCUGUCCCUCUCUCUCUGUCUGCAUCUCUCUAUCUGUAUAUUCUGCUUUGCCUUGUUUUCCGUUAAGCGUUAUACGUUCCCAACAACAAUAACCAAUCCAAUCCAAACCAAACCAAACCAUAUUUACAAUAACAACAAUAACAACACGAACAUAUUGACAAUAGGCGGAGCAGGAUGAGCAGAGAACAAGGAUAUCCAAAGGUCUUGAGAACAGUGCCCAGAAAUCCACAAUUCUAUGAAAUCCACGAAGCACAGCUCCAGAAGUCCAGAAAUAGCUGCGAAACGAAGCCAUUAAUAAAUGAUAAGCUAAUGAAAGAACGCACAGCUACAACCAGAGCCACAUCAACAGCCAGAACAUGAACAUAUAUAUAUAUAUAUAUAUACAUAUAUAUAUGUAUACACAAAUGUAUAUGCAAUAUCCUCGAGACGCAGCAGACAAGAAACAAAAGCAAGGAAGUUGGAGCAGUUAGGAGUUAUAUAUAUACAUAUACGAUAUAUAUAUAUAGACGAGUAUAACAAUGAAACAAAUCCAUCAUACGAUUUAAUUUCUAUUCUAUAUGCGGUUCAGCUUUAUUAUUGCAUUGAUUUUUCAAUAAACCAGUCAACCGUUUUACUAUUCCGAUGACUAUCUAUAAAUACUUAAUCCCCGCUUUCUCACGCCCCCCACCCAAAAAACAAAAAACAAAAAACAAAAGAAAAAAAACGAAAAUACAAUCCGUUUAGUAGCCUUUGUGUAAUCUAGAUCUAGGGAGAUUUCGGACUCCCUGAAAAGACACAAGCACUAACACUCACCCAACACCCACACACACACACUCACAAACUCACACACAAACACUCGCUCUCUCACACAUACUGUAUAUCUAUAUAGUGCCUAUGUAUGUAGUAGUAUUUCUUAUGAUUUCGCCUGCUUUGCCUUCUUUGAGAACGAACAUUCCCAAUUGACCGAUUUACGUUUAUCUUUUCCUAUGCUUUCCAUGUAUUUAAGCACCGAUCUAAAAGAAUAAACACGCUACAAAAAUUCAAGAGUAAAAAAUGCCGUGCAAUCCAAAACACUUUUACCCGAAAAAACACCGACACACAUAGCCAUAUGUAUAUGUAUAUAUAUAUAUACAUAUAUGCCUAAACUUAUAUAUAUACUCUUUAUAGUAAGCACAGCAAUCGAAAGCAAGUUAAGGAACUAUAACGAAACCAAAAAUCGAAUACCAAAACGCUUCUAUAAACCUCACUGAAAUUCUUCAAAGAAAAAUUAACUGAACGAUACGAGAUAUAGUACACACACAUACGCAAACUGACACACACACACACCCACACACUUGUACGAGUAUAUUAACAAUAAACGUAAUGCGAAAACUUAAUCAAUAAUUAAAUAAUUCGAAAGUGAUAUAGCUGACAAAACAAAUGUGUCUGUAGUAGUCUAGUAGUUAAAAGAAAUUGAAACGAAACGAAAGAAAACAAAACAAAACGAAAAAAAAAGAAAUUUAUAAAUAAUAUUAACUAAACUAUUAUAUGUGACAGAUUAAAUUGGAGGCGACGGGGAAAACGCAACGCAAUUUUCACGUUGACCGCUCUUUUUUUUUGUAAGCUGAGGCGGAAAAAAGGAAAUCAAACUGUAAAUAACACUAAGUGAAUCACGCACACCACACCACAAGACACACCCUCACACACACACGCGCAUACCCACUCGCACACUGACAGAAACGAGGAGUACCGAAUAAGUUUGUUAACACCAAAAUAUAACGGGUCUUAAGUAACGAAAAAUAAUUAUAAUAUUAAUGCGAAAAAUGCAAAAAUGCAAAAAUGCAAAAUAUGCAAAAACGCAGCAGCGAAAAAAAUCAUAACAACAGUAAGUUAGAGCAAGGAAUUUUUUUUUUGUGGAUUGAAUUGGAUGGGUAUGCAAUGAAUCAAGUCAAUUGUAAUAGCCGACAAAAUACGAAUACGAGAAUUAUUAUGAAAUAUUUAUAUUAAUUUACAAUGGGCCGGCGAGUGAGGCUUUUCCCCGGAAAAUGCUGUGAAAAGCAGUUGUAGAAGUCGAAGAAGAAGAUGAGUUUCUUUCCACCGCCGUUGACAAACCACACGAAUGUCAAGUUAAACGUUUCACAAGCAAUAUUUUACAUACUUAUACAUGCAUUAUAUACACAUAUAUACUUAUAUAUAUAUAUGGGUAAAAUAUAUAUAUAAAUAAAUAUACGAUAAUAAAGAUAUAUACAUAACUUAUAUACACACUCCGCAAUAACGAGUCGAGUCGACCGGCUAAAUAGACAUAAUAAUUAUAAUAAAAUAUUGCAUGGCAGAUACACGGAUAUCCAAGCGAAAUGUCUGAUGAUAUUUGCGUGAAUAAUUGCGUUUGAAAACCAGAUGAUAGCGGCAGAUAGUGGGGAAUUAACAACAUUUUUAGUGAUAUUCUUUAGCAAAAUUGAAUCUGAUUUCCUUGCUAAGAACAUAACGAAAUGUAUAAAGUCACGAAGAAUUCAAAACCAAAAGCCGAAAACCGAAAAUGUAACGAAAAUAACAUCAGUUUAAGCGAAAGGUCGUAUAUUUUACAAAAACCAAAAAAAAAAAAGAACAAAUGCAACCAAACAAACAAAA